GCUGAUUUGUCAACGAACACACGAAUGAGACAGAGAAGAAAGCUCAAGUUGUAGCUCAAGCACAACACAACACACCACACCACACCACAUCACACCAGGCAACGCAGUAUAAGCCACAAUCUCCACACACGUCAACACGCAAACACGCGCACGGAAAACGGCAUAACACCAUGUCCGUUCAUCUAAUUCAGCCAGCCUCUCCCUCCCUCUCUCUGUAUCUCUUUCCCCGUCUGCGCCUCUCACUGCCCCACCAGCUGCAGAUAAAGCAGUCAGUGUAGCAGCGGUAGGGACAACGGAAACACCGAUAGACAGAUGGAUGGACAGACUCGGCCCACAAAAGUGUGAACCGAUGUGAGCAGGCAAGCCAAGGGUGACUGAGAUGGGGCGGCCCAUCUGUCUAUCCAUCCGUCCAUCCAUCCAUUCAAUGGCAUCAGUACUGGAUUGCGAGACCAAUGGCGGGCAUCUGGCACAGGGGGCACUUGUAGGUGACCUUCGCCCCCUUCUUGAUGUCUGGAUUGGCCAAGAAGGGAUACUUUCUCAGGGCGCACUUCUUGCACUGACAGACAACAAGUAUUUCGCACCACACACACACACACACAGACACACAGAUAUGUGUCAAUCGACCGGUGGGGCGUGUGUGUCUCUAUUUUUCCUACAUAGGCUAUGCAGCUCCUGUGGGUAAUCGCAGUAGGGGUGCCCCCAGGCGGCAUCGAGGACGAGCUGGACGACGAGGCCGCAGCGGCAGCAGCAGCAGCGGCAGCAGCAGCGGGCGGGGCUCUAGAUGAGGACGAGGAUGAGUGUGGUGGAGGCUUCUUGACGUCGUCCUGGUGCACGAAGGCCACCUCCCGCUUGGCGUCCUUACACGCGACACACGUCUCCUCCAUCUUAUACCGCUCGAGCUCCGCUUCACGCCUCUGUCAGUCAGCGCACACAAACAUACAGAUGAGGGCCGGACGCACUCACGCCCGAUUUGCUGGCUGGUGCCGUGUCUGAUUGAUUGCUUGCCCCGUAUUCUUCGUUCUGCUCCUUCGCUUUUCUCUCACACUCGAUGGUCUUGCGCUGCAGCUCGGCCUUGGUCCUCUGCCGACGGAGAAUCCGCAGCUCACCCUGGAUGUCCUCGCGCGCCCUAUCGAUGCUCUGCUUCCCCUCCUCCCCCUCCGUGAGGGCCUUCUGCAUGAGAUCGGUGAUGCGAUUGCUCUCGGACGACAGCUUGCCUUCCUGCGACUCGAGGGUGGCGACAGCAUCCGUCAGGUGGGUGACGUGCUCCCCGAGCUCGGCCUCGUCGGGCUGCUCGGACAGGAGCGGUAUCAUGGCAGAGGCGCUGAUUGAUGGACGAAGGGAGGGACGCAGCAGCAAAUAUGAACCGACAGGCGGGCAGGUCAUUCAUCUUGUGUUGUGCUGUGUGUGUAGGUGGACGGACGAACCUCUGCACAUGGAGGAGGCUUCGGUCAAUAAUGAUGCGACCCAUACACGCCUCCAGCCUGAAUGAAUGAAUGAAUGGACGGGCCAGCAAAAACACCACACACACACAUACAUACGGCGCUCAGCCAGGUCUGUCUUUUCUUCCUCACUGCAGUGUUCUCAAUUCCAUGGUUCGGAGGGCGGCCCUCAGUGCCGGCACGUCCUCCGUGUUGGCGUGAGCAGUCGUCUCUGGCAGGAACCGCAAAGCCUCCAGUUCCCGCUCCAGACGAUCUACCUUGUCCUCCGCCUCACGCAACCUGCAGCCACGUCAGACGAGGGUGUGGGUGUGGUGUUGCAAAAACGGUUUUCUGUGUGUGGUCAGAGCACUCACCUUGCCCGUGUGCUCUCCAGCUCGUCCCUCACCUGCCAACUGCAGUCAUCACAUCAUGGACCACACACAUGAAUGGCGCGUGGCGAAAGAUGGAGGAUGAGAGAUUAGAGAUGGAGCGCAGCUCCUUUCUUCUCUCUCCCUUCCCCUCCCUCCUGCGUGCCCCGUCACGUACACUUCGUCUGCGUCCAUUGCCCCGUUGAACAAGCUCCCAGGUGAUGCUGCAUCCUGGGUUGAACCGAGCACAGUGGUCAGCGGGAUCUUUCGUAUUGGUUUUUGUGCUCCUCUUCACCUGGGGCAUUGAAUCCUCAGCUGUGUGUCCCUCCAUCGUCCUGUACCUGCUCUUUGGUUUAC